GCUCCUCUCUCCAUCUCUCUCUGCUUUCCUCAUUCGUAUUGCUGCUUCCAUGGCUUCAGAUCAGAGCACGAACCCACCAAUCAUGGAGUCAAAUCCGAGACACCCUCUUCACCAAAUCGCCGACACGCCAACACACAAGCUUCUCCUGAAACAAUGGCUUAAAGAAGAAGAGCUCAUCCUCAACCGCGUCUCACACAAAGAGUCUCAGAUCGAUUCCGUUCGACGAGAGAUCACUCAGCUCUACAUCUUCUUCUUCCUCUUCCACUCAAUCUCUCUGCUUCUCCUCUUCCACGCUUCCUCUGCUUCCGCUUCUUCAUCCGCUUGUAAGAGAUCAUGGAUCCCAUCUCUCUGCGCUCUCGUGUCUUCCCUCGGGAUCAUUUGGGCCGUACGGUACAAGUCUGAAGUGGAGUCGCAUCUCGAGAAGUUGUUGGAGAGGGAGAAAGAAGAUGCGAAGCUGCUUCGUAAGUGCGUUGAAGAGCUGAAGAAGAAAGGGGUCGAGUUUGAUUUGCUCAAGGAAGUGGAUGCUCUGCGCAGGGCGAAGAGCUUGAGGGUUGAGUCCAAGGCCGUGAGGAAAUGGUCUGCGAGGGACUUUGUGACUCUCUUCUUCUUCUCUGUUUCGUGUUUGGUUCUUGCAAUGAUUAGACUCAUUCUCUGUGACUAGAUUGUGUUAUGAAUCUUUGUUCUCUUGCU